AUGCUCGCAACGCCGCCGUCUCCGCGCGUCAGGGCAGACGUGCAGCAUCUCGCUUCCUCACUGAAUCGCUAUCAGUCUAGCGUUGCAGGGCCCGCUGCAAUAGGCAAAGCCUGGCCGCCGAGGAAGCCUGCGUCGCAAGAAGUGAUUGAAAUCUCGUCUUCUCCGUACGUAGCGCCGCCAAGUCCUACCAAGAACCGCACGAAAGUCGUGCAAGACCAGGCUGAUGCGGAGGAGAUGCUGAGGACGCGAGUUUAUGACGAUGAAGAAGAGGUCUGUGUUGGGCAUCUUGCUGUCCGCCCGCCCGUUCAGCCUGUGGUAGAGGACAACGAUCAUCCGCGUCAUGAUGUUUAUGCGAGCACAACGCGUCCGUAUCCGCAGAUUGAGUGCCUUGUACCGCCUGCUAUGGAGAACGACGAGGAGUGGUUCUCUCACAAGCACUAUCUCUCACCACGAAAGACUGUACCGCAAGUCCUGACCAUCACUAAUGAAAAGCAACUCGAUGCACUUAUUGGCAAACUUCAAGGCCCCGUGCUUGGAUUUGAUAUGGAAUGGGUGAUUCGACGGAAACCCAACAUCUCACUCAUACAGAUUGCUGACAGCACGCAUAUCCUGCUGAUUCAAAUAUGCAAGUUCACAUCCUUUCCCACGCGUCUGCGGGAGAUUAUUGAGAGUGAAGCAUGGAUCAAAGUCGGUGUAGCCAUCAUGGGUGCAGACAUGUCAAGAUUACGUGAAGUCUAUGGCGUCAAGGGAAAAGGUGUUCUUGAACUAUCUCACUUUGCAAGGUUGAUGGAUCGACCCGUUUGGGGCACGGCCAACAAGCUUCUUCCACUCGCUGGCUUGGUGCAUCAUUAUCUCGGCAAGCCGCUUCAAAAGGAUGCUGUGCGUUCAUCAAACUGGAAUAUGCCGUUGUCUGUACGUCAACGCCAAUAUGCAGCAGAUGAUGCCUAUGCAGGUUACUUGCUCUUUAUGCAUCUAGAGCGAGACCGACAAGCUCGUUCAGCACAAUACAAGGGGAUUUGGCCACCUGUACGUGCAUGUCCGCUACAAUCUAUUGCUGCUGCAAAGAGACAAGCAGCUGAAAGGGAAAAGAGAGCGUAUACAACAUCAGCAAGGCCAAGUGCAGCAACAAAGGAGGUCAAGGAAGUGAUGGCCUUGCUCAAUGCAGAGAAGCCUAUGGCCGCGCAAAUAGCAAGCUCGGAAGACGAUGGAGAUGAUGGAUUCAUGCCACCCGUUGCACGGAUCCCUCGGAAAGCCUUGCAGGAUGUCAAGGUCUCGCGGAUGAAUACUCAGUCAGCGGUACCAAGAACAUUUUGA